AUGGUCAGUACUGUCUCUGCCGUCGCCUAUCUCGGCUGCGCGCACUGGAGUGUACGACAUGCGGAAGAGCUCAAGAAACAGGACGGUGCCUUUCUGUCUCUUUCUGCGCUGUUAGGCGUACAAAAGGAUAUGGAGAUGGCUGUACAGGAUGAAAAAGCUCUCACAUUGGGCCAAGGUUUGCACUGGCUACGUGACGCGACAAGUUUUCUUCCUUCUACGGUCGCGCGUCCAUUUCUGUCGCUCUAUGUAUCAUGCGCGGAAACUUACUUGAACUUGCCAAGUUACAAGCAAGCAGCCAUUCCCAUUAUUGCUGUGAAUACUGGCGUGUUUCUUGCUUGGCUGGCCGCGCCUCGUUUCGGUCGACUGGUAUGGAUGCGACGCUAUUUUACUCAUCGGCCUACCUCUGGACGCCUUGUGACAUUACUUACCUCAGUGUUUAGCCACCGAUCCAUACCGCAUUUUGUGCUCAACAACGUCGCGCUAUAUUCGGUGGGUAGCUGGGCGAUUCAGGUGCUUCAAGCACGGCAGCUGGAUGCCUACCCUGACGCUGGCUCCUUUCCUCAGUUCCUUUCGUUCUACCUUUCGGCUGGCCUCUUUGCCUCAUUGGCCAGUCAUCUUGUGACAGCCUGGCAAUGGCGGAUGGCCGCCGGGCUUCGACUGUACGAAGCAGCCUGGGGGCCAGUGGUGCCAUAUAUGCGGCGUUUGCACUUUGUGCGUGUGCCAUGCCGCAUGUCCAGGUCAGCUUGA